GUGGCGACGACAGACAAGGUUGCGGAAAAGCUGAGUUCUACUCUCUCAUGGGUGAAGAACACAGUAUCAUACACAGUCAAUCAGAUGGCCAGUCAGGUGGCAAGUCCAUCUACUUCAUUACACACUACAUCCUCAUCUACCACAUUAUCAACACCAGCCCUUUCACCAUCUUCCCCGUCACAGCUGAGUCCAGACGACUUAGAACUCCUGGCUAAACUGGAGGAACAAAAUAGAUUGUUAGAGACGGAUAGUAAGUCUUUGAAAUCUGUAAAUGGGUCAAGAAGAAACAGUGGCUCCUCCCUUGUAUCAAGUUCAUCAGCUUCUAGCAACCUCAGCCACCUUGAAGAAGAUUCUUGGAUACUUUGGGGAAGACUUGUUAAUGAAUGGGAAGAUGUGCACAAAAAGAAGGAAAAACACAUUAAGGAACUUGUUCGUAAAGGGAUACCUCACCAUUUUAGAGCAAUAGUUUGGCAACUUUUAUGCAGUGCACAAAGUAUGCCAAUCAAGGAUCAAUAUGCAGAACUCCUGAAAAUGACUUCACCUUGUGAAAAAUUGAUCCGAAGGGACAUUGCUAGAACUUAUCCCGAACACAAUUUUUUUAAGGAAAAAGAUAGCUUUGGACAGGAGGUUUUAUUUAAUGUAAUGAAGGCAUAUUCUUUAGUGGAUCGUGAGGUUGGUUACUGUCAAGGAAGUGCUUUUAUAGUUGGACUGCUGCUUAUGCAGAUGCCAGAAGAAGAAGCCUUCUGUGUAUUUGUUAAAUUAAUGCAAGAUUAUAGACUUCGUGAACUUUUUAAACCAAGUAUGGCAGAAUUGGGCCUUUGUAUGUACCAGUUUGAAUGCAUGAUUCAGGAACAUCUUCCAGAGCUCUUUGUACAUUUUCAGUCUCAGAGUUUUCAUACCUCAAUGUAUGCAUCAUCCUGGUUUCUGACUAUCUUUCUUACGACUUUUCCACUACCAAUUGCAACAAGGAUAUUUGAUAUCUUUAUGUCUGAGGGUUUAGAGAUAGUGUUUCGAGUAGGAUUAGCACUUCUUCAAAUGAAUCAGACAGAACUGAUGCAACUCGACAUGGAAGGGAUGUUACAACACUUUCAGAAGGUCAUUCCACAUCAGUUUGAUGGAGGUCCAGACAAAUUAAUUCAGGCAGCUUACCAAGUCAAGUAUAAUUCAAAAAAAAUGAAAAAGCUUGAAAAGGAAUACACUACAAUAAAAACUAAAGAAAUGGAAGAGCAAGUUGAAAUUAAAAGGUUACGCACAGAAAAUAGGCUUUUAAAACAACGCAUUGAAACAUUAGAAAAAGAAAGUGCUUCCUUGGCAGAUAGAUUGAUACAGGGACAAGUGACAAGAGCCCAGGAGGCUGAGGAAAACUACCUCAUAAAACGGGAACUGGCCACCAUCAAACAGCAGAGUGAUGAGGCCAGUGCUAAGCUGGAGCAGGCUGAGAAUACCAUCAGGAAGCUCCAGCACCAGCCGCAAUGGCAUAAAUGCAGUUCCAGCUACAGUGAAGAUUUUGUGCUACAGCUAGAGAAGGAAUUGGUUCAGGCCCGUCUGAGGGAAGCCGAGGCUCAGUGUGCACUAAAGGAGAUGCAGGAUAAAGUCCUGGAUAUGGAGAAGAGAAACAACUCCUUUCCUGAUGAGAAUAACAUUGCAAGGCUUCAGGAAGAACUCAUUGCUGUGAAACUGAGAGAAGCAGAAGCUAUUAUGGGUUUGAAAGAACUUAGACAACAAGUCAGAGAUUUAGAGGAACACUGGCAGCGCCACUUAGCUCGUACUACUGGGAGAUGGAAAGACCCACCUAAGAAAAAUACUGUGAAUGAGUUACAAGAUGAAUUGAUGACUAUUCGACUUAGAGAAGCAGAAACACAGGCAGAAAUAAGAGAAAUAAAACAAAGGAUGAUGGAAAUGGAAACACAGAACCAGAUCAACAGUAACCAUCUUCGAAGAGCAGAACAAGAGGUGAUCAGUCUACAGGAGAAGGUGCAGUAUCUUUCUGCGCAGAACAAAGGACUGCUUACUCAAUUAAGUGAAGCAAAACGCAAACAAGCAGAGAUUGAAUGCAAGAACAAGGAAGAAGUGAUGGCCGUGAGACUGCGGGAAGCAGAUAGCAUAGCUGCUGUGGCUGAACUGCAGCAGCACAUCGCUGAGCUUGAAAUCCAGAAAGAAGAAGGAAAGCUUCAAGGACAGCUUAACAAGUCUGAUUCUAACCAGUAUAUUAGGGAACUGAAAGAUCAGAUAGCAGAGCUGAAUCAUGAGCUCAGAUGCCUCAAAGGCCAGAGGGGCUUCUUGGGCCAACCCCCUUUUGAUGGAAUCCACAUUGUCAACCACUUGAUAGGAGACGAUGACUCAUCCCAUUCCUCUGAUGAAGAGCUCAUGGAGAAUUCCUUGCGGGAGAGUGGCAUUGGUUUUCCUUUGCACAGAAAGUCUGGCGCGAUGUCUUUAGACCCCAUUGUGGCAGAUGGUAGUGAAAGCGAAACAGAAGACAGUGUGAUGGAGACCAGAGAGGGCAAUCAAGUGGAUCAAAAGGAACAGCCCCCAAGAAAGAGAGAAUCGUACUCAACCACUGUCUGACCAUCACUGUGAACUAGAUUGGAUUUUUUUAAAGGAUCAGUUAUAUGAUUAAGGGUUUUUGGGGACAUAUCUGUUUCAUAUGUACAUAUAUAUAUUUUUCAAUCUUAUCUGCCUUUUGAUCUUUGCCAAACCGUCACCACUGACUGACCAUUGCCAUAAAGUAGGCUGGACUAUGGUUAAUGUGAAAAAUAAGGUUCUAGCAGUAUUACUGAAUCUUAAUGUUUCUUGUGUAGAAAAUGUAAUUAUAUCUAUAUGUGGAAACCAUUUUGAAGUUCUGAACUAUGGAAAAUUUAAUUUUCUUCAGACAAAACUGCUCGUGUGCAAUAUUUUAUGCUUAGUAAACAAAUUGUAUAUUUAUGUUUAUCAAUUUGUUUUCAGGGCAGCUGUCUACAAACAUUUGACCAAGACGCACGUCAGAUUUAUCUUAUGCUUUGUGUUUGAGGGAAUUUUCCCCCCCAAUUGAAAUUACUGCUUUAUUAGUAGACCACUGAAAGUUCCCAAACACAGGUUUUUUUCCCCAUAUAAUGUUUUAAAUACAAAUUAAGGGUUAACUGUCUUGAGAGUUUUAAGUUCCGUUUGAAUUUCUAGUUUUUAUGUGCAUAUCAUAUGAUACUUCCAUAUAUUGCUUAUUAUCCAGCGCAGUAAGUUAACUACAAAUAUAUUGUUUUUUGUACAUAAUUUAUAAAUCUGCAUCAUCCAACAUUGAACAUCAUUUUAUAUGGAGAAUGUACAUGUUGCAAAGUGACUGCCUUCAGCAUUCUAACAGGACUUCUGUAAAUACAAAGUUAAAGGGAAAUUGAAAAUAAAACCAAACACUAAUAUUUUAAUAGUUUUAGUACUUUGCUUAGCAUUCAACACUAGCAGAUUUAUAACUGAUGCUUGCUCAAAAACACUAUUGGUAAGACCUUUUAACUUCACAUGUAUGAAACUAAUUGUCCAUGAUUAAAGAAGUUAUAGCACACAUUACUUAGUGCUAAUAUUCUACUUAAUAUAAAUUAAGCAAUGGACUGAAGUCCAAGAUACCAAACAAUAAUAUCUACAAAUCAUUAUCUUCAGAUUCUUUAAUUGCUAAUCUAUAGAUAAAGCCAUAAGAAUUAUUUUCUACCAAUUCUUCCCUUUUUUUUAAUCAUCUAGACUAUUUUUUCCUAGGAAACUGAGUAUCUAUCAUUAAUAAAUUAGAGGAAACACCCAAAUUACACUUACACUAUGGAAAGACAAGAAUAUAUUCACUGGAUGCUUCCUACUCUCAUUUUCAUCAGCAUCCUAUGAAAAAAAUAGCCUUGGAGGAUAAGAUGGGAAGGUUGGAUUUAGUAUAGAGAUACAAUUUUGCACAAUAUGUUGCUUGCAGAAAAAGAUACAUAUUACAGAAUGGAGUAGAAGAGACAAAACUAGUUUUAUGUCUAACACCAGGAAUUAAGGUUAUGCAUCUCCGUGGAUUAGGCUUUCUCCGAGAAGCCCUGUGUUAGCUAUUUGCUUGAGAAAACGAGAUUGAGAACAUGCCUGCUGUGUCCGUAGCACCAGGCUAAAUUCUAGUGCUUACAUGUCUUACCUGUGGUCACAUGGUGAGUAGCAGACCAAGAUUUUAAUGCAGAUCUCUCUGACGCCAAAGUGUUUGAAAAGGUUCAGCUAAUGAAUUUCUCCAUUCCCUGCUUUUCUGAUAAUUAGUGUGAUUUUAAAUAAGUUUAAAUCACACUUCACAGCUUUUGAGUAUAGAUACUACUCUACUAGAAUUGCCUGACUGGUGCUUUGGGGUUCAUUACUGUCAGCCUAGAGGCUGUUGAUGUUCAAGUGAAAUGAGAUGAUUCAUGGCCUCAUGAUUGCUUUGACACCCACAUCAAGAAAUCUGAAUGAUCUAGACCAGAGGUCAGCAGCUGCACCCACGAGCCAAUUCCAGCCAACUCCCUGUCUUUACAUGACCUCAAGCAGAAAGCUUUUUUACGUUUUCAAAAUAGUUGAAGAAAAGAAAAUCAAAAGGAUAUUUUGUUACAUGAAAAUCAUAAAAUUCAGAUUUCUAUAUUAAUAAGUAAGUUUUUAUUGGAUACCCAUAGCUAUGCAUUAUAUCCUGUCUAUGGCUACUUUUAUGUUACAGUGGCAAAGCUGAGUAGCCUAAACUAUCUACUGUCUGGCUCGUUAGAGAAAAGUUUGCUGACCCUUGAUUUAGAUACUCUAAAAUGUUUGCUUGCUUCUUCAAUUUGUCUUAAUAGAGGAUCAGACCAUUUGCUUUUGCUGUUGAGUUAAUAGUUUGGAAACCUAAAAUUUCCUGGUGGAUCUUGUAUUCAAAAUUGUUCAAAGUGAAACGUGUGCCAGCUAUUUUAUAUCAUGAAGCCUGUGACACCAUAGACAGAUUUGGAAGGAUAGCUAUGUCUUUGGAAAUGGAGAAAGAAAGGAUUCCAAAAUCCCAGCACUGCUCUUUAAAGUAUGUAUGAUUGACCUUUAAGGUAUGCCUCAUUGAGUCAAUGUUAUCAUCUGACUUUAAAAGAAAGAACAUCUUUCUGUAAUCAUGUUUGAAUUCUAAACCUUGAAAGAUAUUCUUAGAGAAUUUCUUAAGUACUUUUCCUGAUUUGGAAUUAGGUAUUAAAAGAAUCACGGUAAGUAAACCUUAAUUGAUUGAUACUCUUGUAAUUUGGACAAUGAAAAACAAGAAAAAAUCUUCUCAUUCAAGAUCUUUGAUUCAAAUACUCCUUAGAAGAGUUUAAAAUCUUCCUCACCUUUAAGAUGCAAUAGGAUACUGUGUUCUGAUUUGAUUCCAUUUUAUUCAAAUUAAGACUUUAGGACAUUGACAAUGUUUUCUUUCUUUAAUUAUUUUGUCAUUUAAAUGUUACUCAGUUAAACAGAAUUGAGGAAUAUUGGGGCCGGGGGGGGGGGGGAUGAAAUAAAUUUUUAAAACUCAUAAUAAAUUAAAAUAACACACACUCCCUUGGGCUAGUCACCUUCCUGGCGUCAUUGCCACCCUGGGUUGAAAGACUAAGGGUAGAGGCUUACAAAUGACCUAAAUAUAGUGGAAAUUGCAUUGAGGUGAUGAAACAGAACUUUUAGGUCAAGAAAAUACUUCAACCACUGUUUUAAAAUUUAAUGGUAAAUUUUUCAUCCUGGAAAAAGAAGUCAAAGAUGUAACUUUAUACCACAUCUACCCUUUUUAUUGAUAAAUAUCAGGCACUUGAUGACAAAUUGAGACAUCAAAUCCCAAGUAACUGGCUGGCUAUUUUGAAAGAAAAAAACAACUUUUUCUUGGCUCAUGAUGCAACUUGUUACUCUCCAGAUAGUGCCUUUGAUUGAAAAGGUGUAGACCUUUUAAAGUAUAUUAUUUAUGACAUAAGAAAUUAUUUGGCUCCUCAUCCUUUAUCUUUUACAUAAUGCACUAUAAUUUUUAGAUUUAAAUAAGAAAAGUAGAUGAAUUGUAUUUUGGUAAAGCCCUUUUAUGGCCAGCUUGGUGAUUAUACUACCAGAUGUUGACAGCUAACACUUCAGAAAUCAAUGAUUUACUUUUAUUAAAACAAUGAGCUUUAGCAAGAAAGUUCUUGUUGCUCUAUCAUUAACAAAACAGUACAUUUUAAAAUUAAUUAAUUUUAAUUCAUUCUACUGAAAUUAAGAGUGGAGUGUAUGCUAUUUAUAAUCUAAGUUUUUAUAUCAUAUCCAUUGAUCUACCUGUCCCCUUUUCACUCCAAAGAAGAGAUGCCGGAAUAAUACAUUAUGCUAGACUCUAGCCGCUAGAGUAAUACAUGACACUAUAGAUAUGCAAAAUUAUAAUGUAUUUUAUUUUACCAUUGAAAUUUCUUAUUGUAACAUUGUAUGAUAACCUGAAAUGUUUACUUGUGCCUUUGCUUUAAACAAUUAAAGUUUUUCAUUUUAUACGAA